GAUCGGCGGUGCGCUGUGUCCCUCGGACACAGCGGAUCACCAAUCCACGGAAAGAGCCAAAGAUGUCGGCUCAGUCAUGUGAUCCAAUCACAGCUGAUCACAUGGGACAUGUACACAGAUCAUCAGAGCACUGAUGAUCAAUGUGCCCUGAUGAUCUGUGUAGCCCCAGCAGUGCCACCUAGCCCCAGCAGUGUGUAAAGCCCACCUGUCAGUGUCCAUCAGUGCCAGCUCUCAGUGCUUAUCCAUGCCACCUGCCAGUGCCCACAUUUCAGUGCCCAUCAGUGCCACAUGAAUACCACAUAUCAGUGCCCAUCUGAGCUGCCUUUCAGUGUCAACCAUCAAUGCCAAUCAGUGCCACCUAUCAGUGCUGCCAAUCAGUGCCACCUAUCAGUG